UCUGACAGCUGCUCAGGCGAUGCCCAGUCUUCUUUAACUAUUCAUAGCCGGAAUAUGAAAGAGUCUUCUUUUGUGCAUCUUCGCGUGUGCUCCCUCAAUGGGCGAAAGAUCUAUUCUCUAGAAAUGGCUUCUACUGAGCAGAUAGAACAAAUAUACAUUUAUAUUGAUAAGGCUCGAGGUAUCCAAUCUUCAGGUGAAUCGACAAUUCGUGAUUAUGUUUUGGUCAACAUGUCAGGUUUUGAUGCUAAGCUGAGGAGCACCAACGAAGCCUCGGAUUCUCAAGGUGUCCUUUGCCAAAGAUGGAUGCUGACUGAUCUCUCACAGACGUUGGCUGAUGCUGAUCUUUCAGGACAUAUUCUUUUAAGAAUGGCACCUUUAAAAAAGCCCACUAUGACUAAACAUUGA